UGACCCCCUCCUGUUAAAGGUGGGUAAAGUCCUGAUGAAGCCCAUGUCCAAGGAGAGAGAAAUCCCCAAAUCCACACUUGACACCGUUCUGUCGAAGGCAAGUAAAGUCCAGAAGCCCUUAAAAGACGGCAUCAUAACCCAGGAGAGAGAAAUCUCCAAGUCCUCACAGGACAACACCCAGUCCAAGGAGGAUAAAGUCCAGAAUUCUUUAAAAGCUAUCGUCAUGACCCAGGAGAGUGAAAUCCCCAAGUCCGCACAGGACAACAUCCAGUCCAUGGAGGGUGAAGUCCAGAAUCCUUUAAAAGAUGGCGUUAUGACCCAGGAGGGUGAAAUCCAGAAUUCUUUAAAAGAUGGCGUCAUGACCCAGGAGGGUGAAAUCCCUGACUCCUCACAGGACAACAUCCAGUCCAUGGAGGGAGACACUUCAAAGUCCUCAGAAAACACCACCCAGCCUAAGGGGAUAGUCAUCGUUGAGACCCCAGAAGGUUCUAUCCACUCCAAUCAGGGAGACAUCGCUGAGACCCUAGAAGGUACCACCCAAUCUAAGGAGGGAGACAUCGCUGAGUCCCUAGAAGGUACCUCCCAAUCUAAGGAGGGAGACAUCGCUGAGUCCCUAGAAGGUACCACCCAAUCUAAGGAGGGAGACAUCGCUGAGUCCCUAGAAGGUACCACCCAGUUCCAGGAAGAAAAUGUCAUCAAAAUUUCAGAAGACACCUCGAAGCCCAUGGGAAUCUUAAUCCCACAUUUUGAUGAGGAUACAAUAUCCUUGGAUGAUGACAUGGUGAGAGUGAUCACGGGCAAGGAGGACUUUGAGGAGACGCUCAAAGAAGCUGGAGAGAAGCUGGUGGCCGUGGACUUCUCGGCUGUUUGGUGUGGGCCUUGCAGGACCAUCAGGCCCCACUUUCACUCCCUGUCUUUGAGGUAUGAUGAUGUCGUGUUCCUGGAAGUAGACGCAGACGACUGUGAACAGCUGGUGCAGGACCUGAACAUCCUCACCCUCCCAACGUUUCAGUUUUACAAAAAGGAAGAAAAGGUGGGCGAAUUUUCUGGGGCCCUGCUGGAACAACUCGAAGCAAGCAUUGCGGAAUUAAAGUGAUCCUGUAUUCUGAGAACACUGUAAACCCGUUGAUAGCUGCUUGCUUUUUGAUUUGCAAAAACAAACAAAGCAAAACAGACAAACAUGCUUACCUAAGUGGUUCUGCUUGUGUCUGAGAAACAUGAAAGCCCACCUGAGAGAAUCAAAGCAUGGAAUGUUCAUGAUUUUGCUGGGGGAAGAAAAAAGAAAAUUAGAGAGUCCCUGGGCGAAGAUCGUAAGUCCUGCGUCUUCUUUUUCCAUCUUGAAAAUCCUACCCUCUUUGGAUAUUUGCA